AUGGCGUUGAUCGCAAGUCUUUCUGAUUGGCGGUACUUCAGCGGUGUUUCCGUCAAUCAGAUUGACUUGCAAUUAGCGCCAUUUAUGAUUUUAGACCCGAAGACACCACGGCGUACGAGCGCAUCGGCUGCGUUGCUCCACCUGCUCGUCCUUGCCUGCCUGUUUGCCCUCGGCACGGCUGCGAUCUGCCCGAACAGCUGCAUCUGCGACGACGAGAACCUCGUGGUAUCCUGCAUAGGCGCGAACCUGGACGUCAUACCGAUCGCCUUGAACCCGAGCAUCCAGCGGAUAGUGUUGAAGGAAAAUCGGAUAAAAAUAGUGGACGCGGCCUUUCGAUUCUACGGGGACCUAAAGAACGUGGAUCUAUCGAGCAAUCACCUGUUUACCAUUCCCGACGGGAGCUUCGACGCGCAGAAGCAACUGGUGGAGCUUCAUCUGAGACACAACAAGAUCUCAGCGUUGACCGAGAAGACGUUUCAAGGCUUGAAAUCACUGACGGUGCUGAAUCUACGGGACAACUACCUGGAGAGUCUGAAGAACGGUCUGUUCGCCUCGUUAUCGAAGUUAGAAGAACUGGAUCUGGGGAAGAAUCGCAUAUCCAAGGUGGAGCCAGGUGCCUUCCUGAAACUGGGCACCCUCAGAGUGUUGCAUCUGGACGAUAAUCAACUGAAAACCAUUCCAUCCGCUGCCUUGGCUCCUUUAAACGCUCUAGCAGAGCUGCAUAUAGGCUGGAACGCGUUUUCCUCCCUUCCAAACGACGCUUUCAAGGGACUAGAACAGUUAACCGUGUUGGACAUCACCGGCGCUGGCCUAGACGACAUCAACGACAACGCUUUCCGCGGUUUGAACGCUUUGCGCACGUUGGAACUAGAUGGGAAUAAGCUACGCGAGGUCCCAACGAAGCAACUAGCCGUUCUGCCUCGACUCGAGGAGCUUACGCUAGGUCAGAACUUCUUCACGACUCUGAGAUCCGGCGCCUUCCAGGGCCUGUCAAAGUUGAAAAAGCUGGACAUAUCCGCGGCCAAGUUCUUAACCACUGUGGAACGAGGAGCUUUCUCGGACAACGCCAAUCUAGAAACCCUAGUGCUGAGCAGCAACAAACGUCUAACUACGAUGGCGGACGGUUCCCUGGCUGGUUUACCUAACCUAAGGCACCUAAUGCUGCGUGACAACGCGUUCACCGGAUUCUCGGAGUCCCUGGUGGCCUGGAACGAGCUACGUAGACUGGAUUUAAGCGAGAAUCCCCUGAUCUGCGACUGUAGCCUGCUCUGGCUAUCCGAGGUUCUCGUCCCGAGGAACUCCAGCCCGGUAUUAUGCGCGGAGCCGCGCGAGUCGAAAGGCAAGCCCAUAAAAGGCAUGACACCCGACGAACUGGGCUGCGCCUUCUCAGAUGCCCGGAAACAAGCUCUAUUAGCUACUCUCUGCGCCGCUGGUCUCGCCUUGCUCACCGGUCUAGCUCUCAUCCUCUACUACAGAUGUCGCAGGCACGUGAGGGACGCGCUGAAGGACUACAAAUGGAAGAACCGCGCCAUCUCGCGCAAGGAGCACGAGUAUCAGAAGACCUUCUCCGACGAGGAGUACAUCGUGAGGUCAGCGCACACCCAUCACCACCAUCAUCACCAGCCGCAGUCGCAACAGCUCCCGUCCCAUCAUCACCAUCACCAUCUACAACAGCAACAACUACAGCAGCAGCAGCAGCAGCAACAGCAGCAUUCGCAAAUAGCGGCGGGCAUUAAACCGAUACCGGUGACGGAACUCACUACUCUCGCUGAAGGCUUCACCUACAUCGACGGGGAGACGGCGCGUCAAAUGCGUCGUCCGGGAACGCUGCCCAAUUCCGGCACGUCCGGUCAUCUUUCCGCCGCCCCGAUAGAGGACGGCUCCACGCCACUGAGCAUCGCCGCUGAUAAUUACUCCUCGAUUGGCGGCAGGUUACAUUGCUCGAAUCACUCUUUACGUCGUACGCCGCAGCCGCCCCAUCUACCCUCCCGUGACGCGGACAACGGAUCGGAAAGGGUGCAGAACGACUCGAGGCUUCAGAACGGUAUACCCGGCCAUCAUCACGCGCCUCCGCCGCUCCCUUCGAGACACCAGUCGUCCUGCAGCCAAUCUUCCUACCCUACUCUGCCAAUGAACGGCCACGCGACCCACCAGUACCAUCACUUCACUCGCGAGAAAGACAGGUCCUCGGGACGCGAGAGGAGUCGCGAUCGGGACGCGCAGUCCGUGCCCCAUCGGUCGGACAAGCAGCGGGAGCUACAGAUGGAGAUGGAGAUGCGGGACGGACUGGACAUGAGCGAGAUAGGGACGUAUCGGGCGUAAAGGUGCGAGACGCGCGCGGUGAAAGCGGGAACAAGGUGAACUCGUGAAGGGUAAACGCGGAUAGGCCGAGCGAAUUGAAUCGAAGACUGAACUCGAAACGUUGAGGUGGUGGGGACUCUGACGGUGAACUGGUGAGACACGAAAUGGGCCGCACUUGGCUCGUCUCCGUCCGGCGCUGAUGGACGCAUACGGUCGAAGAAGCAAAGAUCCAUCGAUCCAGCGAGACGAUCCAGCGGGACACAAUGUCGAUGCAGUCGGGAUGAAAUUGGCGGGCUCGCGAGUAAAUCAAAUUGAAGACUGAUUACGACGGACGUCGGUGAACAAUAUCGACGAGUAAUUAACCGAUACUGCUACAUUCCAAUCACCUAUCUGCCAGUCUUCGCUGGGAUCGGCACCACGGGCGUAGCAAUUCGAAUCAGAUUACAACGUUUUAGCCGAUGGAAUUUCUCUGAACUGCGAUCAACGCUGUGUACCGGUUCGACGGGUAAAUCUCGAACCUCGUGGUUAAAUUCUGCCAACGUAAAUUAGAGCGAAGCGCGAGUAUACAGAGAGGGUACGUGGAUGGUAUUUUUAAUGAAAACCACGGUUCGAGAUGCCGAGACUGAUACGUCCGAUGGAAGUAAGAAGACUGGAAGAUGAACCAGGAUUAGUCGUGCAUGCGAAUCGAACCAGAGGAUCGAUAAUGACAGCGUGGCACGAUGCUGGAAGCAGAGAAUCCGUCGUGGGGAAUACAGACCGACUGGUUAUCGAGAGUCAUCGGGAGACAUCGAUACGUCUCGCUAGACGUGGACACUGCUUCCUUCUCACAAUGGUGUGGUGCACGGUCCAAAGACUCCACGGCAAAGGGGUUGGCUAAGGGCUAGGUGGAUAGGAUUGAGGAUCGUCGCGUGUGAAACGUCCGUGAAGAACUGUGUCGAAAAGGGGGAGCGGAGCAGGAGCAGUGCACGUUGCUACAACGGUUUUACGAUCGUCUUCAUCUUGGAACGAAAGCCGUGUGUUGGAGACGUCGGUGACUUUGAGGAUCACUCGCGAAGGAGCCCGCAAAGACGUAGCAGCCAGAGGUGGAGGGCAAAAAGAGAUAAGAGUUCCAGGCGAACUCGGUGAGGAUGACGUUCGCCGAAUGAAUGUCCCGAUGCUCGGACCAUAGAGACACGUCGUUUGUAAAUGUCAGUUUGGAAAGUUCGCGAGGUGGAACGACCGAGUGGAGAUCCAAAGAAGAGAGGAAUCGUCUCUUCGGUUUACGCUUCCGCCGAUCGUUGUCGCUCGCAAAUGAUCCGAUGAACGUUAUGGGAAACAUAUACCGCGAUCAUGGUGAAAAUCGUGAAUUUUCAAGCGCCUUAGCAAGCGAGUAACUCGAGAACGAGGACGUGAAAUCGUAUUCAGAAUACUCUAUUGGGGAUUUCAAUCAUUCGUUGUACCCUAUUCCCUGCGUUUCUUGCGUACAUGUAUAUUUCGUAUUUAUUGGCGUGGUAUUAGAUAACUUUGUACUUGUACCUUUGUAUCGUCUAUGUUAUUUAAGAGGCAGGCUUUUGCUUUUUCUACGUUCCCUCGAGAUAUGCGAGCCCCUUUUGUCAGAAGGAAUGGCGUGCAGCCAUUGUAAAUUAUUGUAAAGACACCCUCGGAAAUUGAAUUUUCAUAAGAAAACGAACAUGUAAUGGGACAGCUAUACGCUCUGAGUACGAUUCGUAAUAAAUGAACGCUCACGCGAACACUCCGCGACAUGCAUUUGCGUACUUUGAAAUAUUCCACGAAAGGCGACCACUUAAUUAUACCGAAACCGUCGAAUGCUACGACAAAGGACGAUCUCAAGUUCGAUAGCGUGUCGCUACACGACCUGCGUGAUAAAAUCGAAGGAAUUCCCAAGCUCGAAAGUAACCUCGACGAGUUUUGACUGCCGAGAAUAAUCGCUCAAUUGAAUAUUCUCCUGUCCUUCACGAAUCUUCAACAUAAAUGUAUAACGAACUUUCUUCGACCGGCUGGAACUCUCGUGAAACUGCAACUUGAUCGUGAACUUAGGCUCCAACUACUCUGGGUGACAACGCGCUGUCUCGUUGUACUUAAAACGGCUACUUAAAACCAUUUCCUACGAAAACCGAGUCUUUCAUUCCUCUCGUGAACGACGUUUGAACCAGGAUCGAGGCCACCGAUUAAUCGGUGUCCAAAUUCAAUUCGACAAAACGUGCAUUAUAUAUCUUGAUCUCCGACCCGACCAAUUGAAUAACGAGUCAGCCAUCUAGUUGAGAGCUAAAGCUAAACGAUCGAGCGUUCAUCGAAGGAUCCUCCGGUUCCUCGCAUCAGACUAUGGAUGAUGCAUUAAGAAAUUCAACUAUUAGAUCGCUUUCGUUUAUGGAAGGCAAAACUAUAACGUGUAUCAUAAGAGACGUAUUCUCAUCUAACAUAGAAUUACACUUAUAUACAUAUAUACAUAUAUAUAUAUUCUAAACGAUCGAAUUUUAUUUUGGAAAUGAAGCGCCAAUAUACAGAGGCACGACAUAGUUCAGCUAGUGUCACGUGUCCUCCAUCAUCAUAACUUAAGGAUAAAUUUAUAGUGUCUCGUCGGUGCGAGCACACGUCUCUGCCAACGUCGAGAUUCGUAGGACAAAGAUUACCCUUGCCGGGGGCGCGUGUUGCGCGAAUCAAAACUCUCCCGAUCAACCCCCGUGUGCUUUUGCUUUUCCAAACUCGCCACGCUAUUUUGUCAACAGAGAAAAAUAUACCUCAGAGCUGAAAAAAAGGGAUUUGCCACGAGGCUAAAAAAAAAAAAAAAAGGAAAUUUCGAUCGUCGUUAACGACCAGCAAUUUUUUUUCCUCCGGUUCGACUAACGCGAAAAUCGAUUGGCAAGACACGAUACCCGUGCACGAUCCUGGUCGCACCAGGCAGCUGUUAACCGACCAGAGGCAAAAACUUAUCAACGCAUCGAAAUGUGUUUCACGAUUUACGUGCGCUCGUCGUACUUCAACCACGAUCGUUUCACCAUGAACUCGAUAGCGAUCGAAGCUCGAGAGCAGGUUCCCGUUGUUACUCGCAGUGCCGAGUGCACGUUCCAGGACGGCUGGCGGUCGUUUUUAUUCCACUUGGGCGCAGGUUUAGGUGUCAGCCGCGCCCCCUAUCUCGAUGCGGAGUUAUUAGUCCCGCGGUGUACGCGUGAACGAUGAUAGACCGCGAUGAGACGGAGCCACGAGGCAUCGAAAAACGAUUGUAAGAUAACGAUGUUCGAUGUAAAUAGCCACUUCGUACCGGCUCUCGAUUUCUUCACGUUCGUCCGCUGUUUCAGAAUCAAAGUAACGCCGCGCGGUUAGGGCUAGCGCGUCUAGGGUGUCUGCGAUAUUAAUGUCUCGAGGUUGUAAAUAACGUAGCGAUUGUAAUAAUUCGUGUCGCGCGAAUCGUCUCCCGUGAUCGUAAG